GUACAUUGUCUACAUACCUAAAAAAGUGAUUUUUUCGAGAUUAGAAAUGCAGUUCUAAAUUACGUGGAACCAUAAAUCACAGUUUAAUGCUUUACUGCUCGGUUUCCAACCCACAGAAAACUAAGGAAAUAGCCUUGAAAAUAAUUUAUUAAUACAUGUUUAAUAAUCUGCUAGUCCUUUGACAGGAGCUCUAGAUCCCGCCCACUCGCGGUCAUGUGACCAUGUCAAGAUGGCCGCGCCCUUCAGUUUGGAGGCGUGGUGUUGUACAUAUUGUUGCAGUCAAGUGCAUUUCAUUCAGUGUCAAAACAGCUUGUCAGGUCUGCAGAAAUUCGUUUAAGGUUUAUUCUCCGCUGGACCUGACUGCCAAUAAUGGAUGAGGACAGUCUGAUUCUCCCCAAAGACUUCCCAGAGCUGAAGAAUGACACAUUCCUAAGAGCAGCACGAGGAGAGGAGGUAGAGCACAUUCCAGUGUGGUGCAUGAGACAAGCUGGUCGCUACCUUCCAGAAUUUAGGGAAUCCAGAGCAGGGAAAGAUUUCUUUGAGACAUGUCGCUCCCCUGAAGCUUGUUGUGAACUGACGCUACAGCCACUCAGACGAUUCCCAUUUGAUGCUGCCAUCAUCUUCUCUGACAUCCUAGUGGUGCCUCAGGCCAUGGGAAUGGACGUGGAGAUGACUCCAGGAAAGGGCCCCACAUUCCCAGAACCACUGAAAGAGCCUGAAAAUCUACAGAGACUUAAGACUAAAGUGGAUGUGUCAUCUGAACUCAACUAUGUUUUCAAAGCCAUCACACUAACACGACACAAAAUAGAGGGAAAGGUUCCUCUCAUUGGCUUCACUGGAGCUCCGUGGACUCUAAUGUCCUACAUGAUUGAAGGAGGAGGCUCUACCACACACUCAAAGGCAAAGCGCUGGCUCUACAGGUACCCUGAGGCCAGCCACAAACUACUGAGCCAGCUUACUGAUGUCAUAGUGGAGUAUCUUCUCGGCCAGGUGAAAGCUGGAGCUCAGGCACUCCAGGUUUUUGAGUCUCAUACUGGUUGUUUGGGCCCAGUGGAGUUUAAAGAGUUUUCUCUGCCAUAUCUGAGAGAUAUUGUGUGUCGUGUUAAGAACAAGAUAAAAGAAUCUGGUUUGGACAAUGUGCCUAUGAUUGUUUUUGCUAAAGACGGUCAUUACGGGCUUGAGGACCUCUCUGAGUCUGGUUAUGAAGUGGUGGGUCUAGACUGGACCAUAGAUCCCAGUUCAGCACGUGUAAGGACCGGAGGAAAAGUUAGUUUGCAAGGCAACAUGGAUCCCUGCUCUCUUUAUGCCACUAAGGACCAUAUAUCAGAGAUUGUGAAGAGGAUGUUGGAGGGCUUUGGCACCAAGGGCUACAUUGCAAAUCUAGGUCACGGCCUUUACCCUGACAUGGACCCGGAGAAUGUGGGCGCAUUCGUGGAUGCCGUUCACACCCACUCUCGCCAGCUCCUCAACCGCAAAUAAGACAUUACGUACUCUCGCUCCAUUAGAGGAACUGAAGCAGAUGAGAAACAACUGUCUACCCCGGAGUGCAGCGCCAAGCUAUUAUUCUUAAAGGGAUAGUACACUCAAAACUGAAAAUUUUCAUUGUUUACUCACCCUCAUGUUGUUUCAAACCCGUAUGACUUUCUUUCUUUUGUGGAACUUUAAAGUUGAUGCUAGCCCCUAUACUAAGGGGCCUGACUCAUUUCAAGUAUUAUGUAGGCCAUUUAUCUACUUUACCUAAAUCAGUUCUACUUUUUAUUAUGACUUCACACCAAUCCAUCUAAUCUUUCAUUUAAUUUUUACUCAAAAUGUCUUUUUCAACUGGAUGGAUGUGUUUUCAUUACAGUGAAUGCACUGUAUGAUUACUGAGGAAUCUGAAAUAAGUGAAGGAAGAUAAAAUCUCAUUUAAUUAUGAAGCGCUGCUUGGGUUUGUUUUUGAUGCAGUACCAUAGUAACACCUGGGCCGUGGCUGUCUUCACUGGAAUAGUGACUGACAUUAAUAAACCUUUGAGAAUGUGUGUACAUUUAGAUGGUGGUUUUAUAUGAAGCAAAAUAAAGAGUGAUCCUUUUAAGACAAACCAUCUCUCAAGGGAAUUUCGU